UUUAAUAGGCUAUCUUUCCAGCAUCGGUGGACGAGCACUGUAGCCUACUAAAGCCAGAGUAUAGCAUCAGUCAAUGUGGGAAGAAAAUAUGCUCAUAUCUUCAGCAGUACAAUCAACAUUCAAACACUGACAUAAACCAUCGUUUUAGAGGAGAAAACUUCAAUUAAAUGCAUAGCGCUGACACUGACAUCCAGAAUAUACGGACUCCAAUUUGCGCCCCUCUCAACGGCUCUGUGGAUCGGUGCUGUUGGGUCGGCGUGGCGUGCUCUCGGUCUCUUCCUCCGGUUGUGUAAUAUUUUUCUAGCCCAGCUACACACUCCUACACCCUCAGAAGAAAAACUCCGCUGUCAUCUGAACGAACAAGGGGAGGAACAAGGAUUGGAACAUAUACUGUCGUUUUUUGCUUUGAUUUGCAACUGAGUUUUCUAUCAGAUUAUUUUCGAUUUACAUGGCGCAAGAGCUAUGCAAGUGGGAAGGUUCUGGUUCCGGUUCUGAGUGUGAUACAACCGUGCAUUUGGAUAUCCAACUAACAACAGUAUUAACAGUGGUACUAAAACGGAUCAGUUCCAGCGGCAUCCCCAACUCCUCUUUCUCCUCUUCCCGGCUCUAUGUCGAGUAAUGGUCGGCUUGCCUUGCUGGAUGCACCCCGCUCUCUCCGGAUCGUCGACUGCACCCUUUCCAACCGCAAAUACCCAUUUUCAGCGGAAACCUUCAAAGAGCUAAGGGCUACAUAUGGAAACUGGGGAUCAGAAUUUUAGGAAAAAGGAAAUCUAGCGUUUGUUUAAUUUCUUUUCGACCUGAUUUAUCUGUUUCUUUACUAAUUAAUUGAUUUAUUCAUUGGGCUUGAUUUCUUCAUUCCAUUGUUGGUUGAUUUAUCAAAUUGAUGCAAGCCCUAUAGUAUUUUACUUUCUUAUAUAAUAUAGACCCCAGGAAUAUUUUCAUUUGUUUCCACUGGACUUGAAUCGUCAAUUUAUUUACAAUUGCUUUUCUUAUUUUCCAUGUCCUUCAUUUCCCGUCCCUGUUUCUCUCCUUGCUUUUCCACCUUGACUAUAAUAGCCCUGACAUAGGGUUAUUCAAGCAUAAUUCAACAUAAAAUAUAUACAAAUUCAACAUUAUAUGCCAACAAUAAUUGUAAUUAAUUUCGCAUCUAAGAGACGUAUUGACUUGCCAGGCAGGAUUGUUGUAAGCCUACCAUUACUCUAACACCACUCUUCUCUUCAUCCAUUUCAGCUCAUAUUCAUUCAGUGCUGUCCAUAAAAUAGUACUUAUCUGCUAACCUUGCACAUCAAGAAACACAUUGCCAGCGAUCUACAUAUGUUAAAUGCUACAUUGUAAAGCACGAGACAAAAGCUCGUCUCAAAGCGUAAUAGCCUACUGAAUUUUGAUUGAGGCUAUCCCCUUUUCCAUUUAUAUAACAGACUCUCUCUACCUAUCACUUACUGUGAUUGUAUAUUAUACAUAAUAUUAUCUUUACAUUAGUAGGUUUAUGCUGCAACUGCCAGUGUAGGCUAGUUGUAGUCAUAGGGAUAACAGUUGACGCUAUAGUCCAUUUUAGAGGCCAUUACCUUGUCCAUAAUUCUUAUAUUUGGGGUCACAUUUAGUAAGAACCCAUCUGGGGAGAGAGACACUGCGUCCUCCUCCACAAACUACCCUAAAAGACAACCCAAUUUCUCUUAGUCAGUCCUCACCCAAACGCAACCAUAAGGUUCCUACCGCAUCCACCUCCUUCCCCCUCCUUUCGUUCAAAUAUAUCCCAUUUUUUUAGUUUGGUUUGGUCCCGUAAAUUUUCAAAUAUUUAUUUCCUAUAUAUCAAGAGGAAAGGGGGUCCCCCUUUCAUGGAAUGCGGAAAUAUGGGUCUGUUUGACCGCGGAGUUCAGAUGCUAUUGACCACGGUCGGCGCAUUUGCCGCCUUCAGUCUCAUGACCAUCGCGGUUGGCACGGACUACUGGCUGUACUCGCGCGGCACGUGCAAGUCAAAGUCGGUCAGCGAUAACGAGACCAGCAAGAAGAACGAAGAGGUGAUGACCCAUUCGGGAUUGUGGAGGACGUGUUGCUUAGAAGGGAACUUUAAAGGGAUGUGUAAACAGAUAGAUCACUUUCCUGAAGACACGGACUAUGAAGCGGACCCCUCUGAGUACUUCUUACGUGCGGUGCGAGCUUCCAGCAUCUUCCCCAUCCUCAGUGUCAUCCUGCUCUUCAUGGGAGGCCUGUGUAUAGCUGCCAGCGAGUUCUACAAGUCACGCCACAACAUCAUCCUCAGCGCAGGGAUCUUCUUUGUAUCUGCAGGCCUGAGCAACAUCAUCGGGAUCAUCGUGUACAUAUCAGCCAACGCAGGGGACCCCUCUAAGAGUGACUCGAAGAAGAACAGCUACUCCUACGGAUGGUCCUUCUACUUCGGAGCCCUGUCCUUCAUAAUGGCCGAGAUGGUGGGCGUCCUGGCAGCCCACUUGUUCAUCGACCGCCAUCGGCAGCUCCGGGCAGGGGCCAGGGCUGCCGACUACCUCCAGGCCUCGGCCAUCACACGCAUCCCAUCCUACCGUUACCGCUACCGACGCCGCUCGCGCUCCUCCUCCCGGUCCACAGACCCCACGCACUCCCGCGACACCUCGCCUGUGGGCCUCAAGGGCUUCAGCGCGCUACCCUCUACAGAGAUCUCCAUGUACACGCUGCCCCGGGACACCCUGAAGGCCGGGGGCACGCCGACCACCACCUACAACUCGGAGAGGGACCAUACCUUCCUGCAGGUCCACAACUGUAUUCAGAAGGAAAAAGACUCGGCCAACACCAACACAGCCAACCGCCGCACCACACCAGUAUGAGGGAGCCCUGAGAGCAGAGCCCGGGGGAGCGAACGCAGGAAGGCCCCCACCCAGGUCUCUAAUAUACCAUGGGCCAGGAUGAGUUUCCAUCUUUAUAGAGAUUGAUGAUUUUAUUUCAUUCAACUGCAUGAUUUUCCCAUCUACCAUUGUUGAGAGAGUCUAAAGGGGUUUGUUGGGUUCCUUUGGAGUAAAUGGUUGUACUGGGAGAAUGGGGCAGAUUGUCCUUAGAGACUGAGUCAUUUUAAUGGGUAGGGAUGGGUGAUGAGGGUGGUGCACUGAAAGGGAGGGUUUUGAUUUCAAUUCGAUUCAUGAUUUCAUAACCUUUUGGUUUUGACAGUUUGGCUCCACAGUUUUGGUGGUGCAACAUGCUGCUGUAUGUAUGUAUGUAUGUAUGUAUGUAUGUAUGUAUGUAUGUAUGUAUGUAUGUAUGUAUGUAUGUAUGUAUGUAUGUAUGUAUGUAUGUAUGUAUGUAUGUAUGUAUGUAUGUAUGUAUGUAUGUAUGUAUGUAUGUAUGUAUGUAUGUAUGUAUGUAUGUAUGUAUGUAUGUAUGUAUGUAUGUAUGUAUGUAUGUACAUGCUCCCAUCAUACCACCUGCCAUAUGCCUCUGAUUUGUUCUCACAUUUAUUCAUUUAUUUAUUUUCUGUAUUAAAACUGUGAAUUUUUGCAGCUUGGGGUUCAGUAAGAAUUAGCCCAGUCUGUAAACUCUAACAAAGGUACUAUAUGUGUAUUACAUUUAUAAAUAAAUGAUUAAGUUAAUAAUCAAGAGAUACAGACUUUACUGAAGAAGAAGAAAACAACAAGUAAACUAAACUAAGUGCUGUUGGUAACAUGAGAAAAGACUCUUGUAGGAUCUGCUGGAAGGAUGACAGAGCCAGAGAGAAGGUGCUGUUAGGUCACUACACUACGGAGCUGCUGAGACAUGGCGGGGGACAGACGCACACAGUCAACAGUAGAAAAAUAGAGAUUAUUUUAAUAGAACCUUCUCGCCUUUUUCUGAGUCCCU